AUGAUGACAAAAUACUACCAACAUGUCCUUGCCUUGGCAUUUGCUGUGAAAGAAAUCAAUGAGAAUCCAAACAUUUUGCCCAAUGUCACACUUGGCUUCCACACCUAUGAUAGCUAUUAUGAUGCAAGGAUGACCUACCGUACUACAUUAGACCUCCUCUACAAAAUGUCUAGAUUUGUUCCCAACUACAAAUGUGACACCCAGAAAAACCUCAUUGCCAUCAUUGGAGGACUUGGCUCUGAUACGUCCUUCCAUAUAGCAGAUAUGUUAGGCCUCUACAAGAUUCCACAGCUGCACCAUUUUCUUCCUGACAUUUCCUUUAACAACUCAGCUGGAGAGAAAGUGUCCUUUACUAAUAGAAGAGAAAUGGGAGGUGGAUUUGACAUCACAAACAUGGUCACCUUCCCAAACAAGUCUUUCCUUCGAGUGAAGGUUGGAUGGGUGGAUCCCAAUGGUCCCAACAGAGAAGAACUCAUCAUUCAUGAGGACAUGAUUAUGUGGAACAAAGAAUUUAAUCAGAUGACACCCAUUUCUGUGUGCAAUGACUACUGCCAGCCUGGUAAUCAGAAGAAAAGUAAGGAGGGAGAGAAAUUUUGCUGCUAUGAUUGUACUCCAUGUCCAGAAGGGAAGAUUUCAUACCAGAAUGACAUGGCUGACUGCUUCAGAUGCCCAGAAGAUCAGUAUCCGAACAAGAAGAAAAACAGAUGCCUCUCCAAAAUUAUAAGCUUUCUUUCUUAUGAGCAACCUUUAGGGAUCGGCUUGGCCUCCGUUUCUCUUCCCUUUUCCCUGAUUACAGCUUUGGUGCUAGGAACUUUUAUCCAACACAAAGACUCUCCCAUUGUCAAAGCCAACAACAGAGAUCUCACCUACGCUCUCCUAAUUGCCCUUCUACUCUGCUUCCUCUCAUCUUUUCUGUUUAUUGGACACCCUGGGAAAGUGACCUGCCUUCUUCGACAACCAACUUUUGGCAUCGUCUUCUCUGUGGCAGUUUCCUGUGUGUUGGCCAAAACCAUCACUGUAGUUGCAGCUUUCAUGGCCACCAAGCCUGGGUCCAGUAUAAGGAAGUGGGUAGGAAAAAGAUUGACCAACUCCAUUGUCCUUUUCUGCUCAGUCAUUCAAGUGAUUAUUUGUACUGUGUGGUUGAUUACUUCUCCCCCAUUUCCUGCUCUGGACAUGCACUCAGUAACGGAAGAAACCAUUGUGCAAUGUAAUGAAGGCUCAGUGACCCUGUUUUACUGUGUCCUGGGCUACAUGGGCCUCCUGGCCAUUGCCAGCUUCAUUGUGGCAUUUGCAGCUCGCAAAUUACCAGACAGUUUCAAUGAAGCCAAAUUCAUUACUUUCAGCAUGUUGCUGUUUUGCAGUGUUUGGCUUUCUUUUGUUCCAACCUAUCUGAGCACCAAAGGAAUAUCCAUGGUGGUGGUGGAGAUCUUCUCUAUCUUAGCCUCCAGUGCUGGGUUACUGGGUUGCAUCUUUGCCCCUAAAUGUUACAUCAUUGUUCUGAGGCCAGAGCUGAACAAAAGGGAACAACUGAUAAGGAAAAAGAUGUAA